AAUAGUGUUACCUAUAUUUCCGAUUUCUUCGUUAACAUCGUCAAGCAGCAAAGCUCUACGAAAAACCCUCCCAUUCCUCUUCAGCUCCUCCACAACGGCCAUAAAACUCUUCUUCACUUUCAUAUGGCUGCAUGUAAGCUCUUCUCCAUCAAUCUAUAUAUGUUCAUAGGUGGUAUUGGGGCUUCAGGUCCUAAGAUAACAAACUUGGAUUCGGGUUACGUUAGACCCAAAUUGAGCACAUUGCAGCCUUUCCUUGAUUUUAGGACUCCAAAUCCGGUUCGAUUUGAUGGUCUGGUGCAGUCCCAGAGAUCAAAGAAGGCAUUAACUAGGUGGUGCAGUUUGACUUCCGAUGCUGAUUCAACGACUACUGUAAAUACCGAGGAUUUUUGUGAAGAAACCAAAUCAUCCGAUGCAGUAAGCAAACUUAUUCCAAAAUCAUCUGAGGUGGAAUAUCUUCUGACAGAAUUAUGUGAUACAACAUCUAUUGCUAAGUUUGAACUUAAACUUGGGGGAUUUCGAUUACAUGUGACAAGAGACUUAUCUGAGCAAAGUGCACCUCCACAACCACCUGUUUCCGCUCCAGUUACUGCCCGUACGGUUGUUGAGACACCUGAUUCAUAUGGUUCAGCCUCAUCACAAUCAUUGGCCCUCUCCAAACCAGUACCUUCCUCAGGUGGAGUUCAGACAUUGCUGGAUAAAGCAACAGAUGAAGGCCUGUUGAUACUUCAAUCUCCAAGGGUUGGAUAUUUUAGGAGAUCUCGAACCAUUAAAGGGAAGCGGGCUCCUCCAUCUUGCAAAGAGAAAGACACAGUGAAGGAGGGCCAGGUGCUCUGCUACAUUGAACAGCUAGGUGGUGAGAUCCCGAUUGAGUCGGACAUAUCUGGAGAGGUGGUUAAGAUACUGCAACAAGAUGGUGAUCCCGUUGGGUAUGGUGAUGCUCUUAUAGCAGUGCUGCCUUCCUUUCCAGGAAUAAAGAAGCUUCAGUAGAUAGUUCUAUGUAAUUUCCUUUACUUCCCUUUUCCCUGUUUAUUUAUUUUCGCGGGGUGGGGAAUCACAUUGGUGGAGAUCCAACUCCAUCUUCAUUGAGGAUAUGAUUGGGUGUAUCGAAUAAAUUUGUCUGCAUUGACAUGUGUAUGGUGAAGAUUCAAAUCUCUGUGGUCUUGGGAAUAAUUUUAUUUUUUUAUUUUUUUUAGCACUGGAUGUUGCUUUUACAAGUACCUUCUAUUCCUGUAAAAUCUGUUUGUAUAAGAUGUUGUGAAUUACCACAGUGCCGCCUUCUUAUA